AAAAUGUCCAGUGCAGCAGAUUCAGACGUGCCUCCUUUAAAUCCAGCUAUUUCCCCUCUGGCCUGGAUGCUGGGAACCUGGGUGUCUGAACCAGGUGGGAAAGGAGAGUUUCCAACCAUUACCCCAUUCAACUACAAGGAGGAAGCGGUCAUCUCUCAUGCAGGACAACCGAUGCUGAAUUUCACGUUUUGUUCGUCUAACCCUGAUACUGGGAAAGCAUUACAUAGAGAAUGUGGGUUCAUCCGAAUCAACUCUGGCACCAAUCAAGUGGCAUUUAUUUGUGCUGAGAACAUAGGUGUUGUGGAGAUUGAGGAAGGGGAAGUGGACGGAGAGCAGCUAACUCUGAUGUCACGCUCACUCAGCAGGAUCAGUUUUGCCAAGGAACCUCAUGUCCAGCAGGUUUGCCGCAUGUUCUGUCUGACUGCUGAAGGGAAGCUGGAGCAGACUGUUUCCAUGGCAACAAGUACACAAGCUUUGGCUCCUCACCUACACGUUACAUACAGAAAGUUGUCCUCAUGA